AUGUCGGCCAGCCCCUCUCCCUCCCCAAGCAACAGCACAGCCCCAACUCCUCGAAAACGAGGGCGGCCUCAAACCACCACCCUCGAGCCAUACAAGGACGAGAUCGUCAAGCUGUUCUUGGAGGACGACCUUGCUAUCAUCGACAUCGCGCGGAAACUAAAUCUCCAACACGGUCUCGACAUCAGCGAACGUACCAUUUCCCGGCGGCUAACGUCAUGGAAUAUCCCCCGCAGGAAGAUCCGCGGUCCUCCCUCACAAGAGCUAUGCGAUCGCCUCCUAUUCCACUACAACAGGAAUCUGAACGAUGACCAAAUGAACACCGAGCUACGAAAUGAGGGGUUCGAGAUCACAGUCAGCAAACUCGUGCGCGUACGGCAGAAGAUGGGAUUGAAAAGGAGAAGCAAAUUCCCAGAGUACAGAGAAUAUUCGGAAUCAGGGGAUGAAGAACCGUCUGCGCAGCUGGCGGCGGAAGCAACAGCUGCGGCGUCGAAACCAUCCCCGGCCAAAAAGCGCAAGCCCAAACCGAAGCACAAUGCCGCGCUGAUACCUAAAGUGACUGCGUUCGUGGAGAAAUAUAUGAGUAAAUAUGAUGGAUCCCAUGAUUUCAACCAUAUCCGGCGCGUGGUGGGACUGGCGCAUUUGAUCUACAUGGAGAUAAAUAAAGAGAGAGAUCAGGCCGGGUCUGAUGAUGAGGAAGAGGGCCUGGAUCUGCAUGUAAUUACCCUCGGCGCUCUCCUUCACGAUGUAGGAGACAAGAAAUAUCUGGAACCCGGUCAAGACGGGAAUACUCUUGUCCUAGCAACACUACUAAGUUUUGGCGCCCCCGAAGAACUAGCUAUCAAAGUACAGCGGAUUGUGCUGGGUGUGUCGUACUCUUCUGAGAUCAAGGAUCCAGCCCAAGUCCAGUCUCAGAUCCAAAAAUACCCUGAGUUGGCGGUAGUGCAGGACGCUGACCGCCUGGAUGCGAUUGGAGCUGUGGGAAUCGGCCGGACGUUUACUUUUGGUGGAGCCAAAGGAUCAAGGCAUAUGGGGGAGACAAUAGCGCAUUUUGAAGAGAAAUUGGAGAAGCUGGAGGGGAUGAUGAAGACAGAGCCUGGAAAGAAGAUGGCAAAGGAGAGAACGGAGAGACUGAAGACCUUCAAGAGCUGGUGGACUGAAGAGCAGAAAGAUGCGGAGGGACUCUUACGGAGGAGUUAA